AUGCGCACCUCCCUUACGACGGCACUCCUGGCCUUGGCGCCCCUCUUCUCCCUCUUCCACACAGCUGCAGCGACGCGCUCGCCCAAGCGCGGUCUCAUCUUUAUCAACCCGCGCGAGUAUCCCGAGGACAGCGCCAUCUGGGACCGCUUCGAGUUCGUGCCCAUGAUGUGGGGUCUCGACGGCGACCCGGGCAACCCCGUCUUCUACGACAAGGUCAAGGCCAUGAUCGAGGAUAGCGUCAACAUCACACACGUGCUCAGCUUUAACGAGCCCGACGGCACCAUGUCCACGGGCGGUAGCGACAUCUCUCCCAAGGAUGCCGCGCGCGCCUGGGUCGCCAACUUUGAGCCGCUGAGCCGCGAUCUCGGGGUCAAGGUUGGACUCCCUGGCUGUACGGGUGCCCCCAGCGGCCUGGCGUGGCUCACCAGCUUCCUCAAGGAGUGCUCCGCGCUGGUGAGUGAAGGUCAGGACAAGAAGAGGAAUUGCACCUAUGACUUCUUGCCGAUACAUUGGUACGGGAAUUUUGAAGGCUUGGCUAGUCAUGUGGGGGAGAGGCUUGCUCUGUUCCCAGACACGCCUAUAUGGGUGACGGAAUACGCUCUCGCGCAUGAAGAGCUCGAACCCUCACAAGAAUUCUUCAACCAAACCAUCGAUUGGUUCGAUAAGGAAGAGUUUAUCGAGCGGUACGCCUACUUUGGCGCCUUCCGAUCGACGAACAGUAACGUCGGCCCUAACCCCGUCUUCCUCAACCGCGACGGCGAUCUCACCGAUAUCGGCUCUUGGUACCUGGGCGGGAACGCGACGGGUGUGAAUCCUCAGUCUGGCGACAACGGAGCCGGCAUGAUGCGCGCAUCCAUGUCGCUUGUUCUCGGUGCUGGUAUCUGGGCCACCAUGUUUCUCCUUUGA